AUGGAAGGAGGUGGUGCAUAUGGAGCAGGGAUGGCUGGAAAGCCAUUUGAUGUCUUAGACUACAUCAAGAAACCCUCUGUUAUAUUGAGAUUCAUUAGUUGGAUAUUUGCCAUCAUCGUGUUUGGGUGUAUAUCAGCGGAGAAGGAUUACAAUUUUGGAGGAGGCCUUAUUGCCUGUCCUUAUGGUGGAGUGAAUGGUGCGUGCGGUUUUGGCAUCUUCGUCGGGGUGAUAGCGUUCUUAGCGUGUAUGGUUUUUCUCGCCAUCGAUGCAAUGUUUGACAACUGGAGCAAUGUGCAGCACAGAAAGAUGGCUGUCAUGGCCGAUUUAAUCUUCUCAGGUAUUUGGACCUUCAUGUAUUUUGUUUGCUUCUGCUACUUAACAAAUAAAUGGGUCGGCACACCAAGCAUAGUCAAGAAUGGACCGGGAGUCAGUUCAAUUCAAGCAGCUAUCGCAUUCUCCUUUUUUUCAAUUAUAACUUGGGCUCUUCUUAGUGUGCUGGCGUUCAUGAAGUUCAGGCAAGGCUCCCAGUCUGCGUUCGCCCCCAGUUUUGAGCCUAGCGAGCAACCCACCCCUUACCCCGGCAGUACGGCAACCAGCGUGGGCAACGACUCGUACCAGCAGCCCCCAUUUGAUGCCACCAAGUCCGAUGCAGGCUUAUCGGCCCCACCCUCGCAACCUCAGUACCAGGCUCCAUCGUACUAG